GAGUUACCACAGGCCUUUCUUCCGCCCGAACUCGCAGAUUUAAGUGUCCACCGUUUUGGCAAGACUGGUUGUAAUCCGUUUAUUACUGUACAAACUCAGCCAACACAACAUCAAAAUGCUCGGCAUGCUGCGCAAACAGCUUAAGGGCCACCCAGCUCUGAUCCCACUGUUAUUCUUUAUCGGUGGGGGGGCAGCCAUGUCCAUGGGGUACCUUGCUCGUCUGGCCUUGAGAAACCCUGAUGUCUGCUGGGACAAGACGAACAACCCAGAGCCCUGGAACAAGAUGGACCCAACACAUCAGUACAAGUUUUACGCAAUUAACAUGGACUACAGCAAGCUGAAGAAGCAAGGCCCUGAUUUCUAAAGAUCAAAUCUGCUGGACCAAAUGCAUUAAGAUGAGCUGAUCCGCACAGAACCAUUUUAAACUUCAGAAGAAGAACAUGAGGGAUGCAGAGGCUACAACCGCACAAUGAUUAAUAUUUAAGUUUUCUCAUUGCAUCCUAUUUGGAAACCAUGUCUCUUAAUUCUUAUUUUCAAUUGUUGUUCAAUAAAGUGAAUGAGUCUUUUCUCCAUACAGAGAAAAGGAGUCGUUUCAUUUA